AUGGAAAUAUCAAAAAAUGUAAAGUCCAUUCAUAAAAAAGAAAAAAAUGAUCUUAAAGUAUUGUUUCUUGGUGCUGGUGAAUCUGGUAAAUCAACAAUAUUUAAACAAAUCAUUAAAAUAUAUGGAAAACAAUUAGAAUUAAAACAACUAGAAGAAUAUACUAGCACCAUUAAAUCAAAUUUUAUUUCUUCCAUCCAAUAUCUCGUAGAUCUUCAUGAACAAUACAUAGCUCUCUCUACUGGUAAAUCUUCCUAUAUAUAUGACUCUCUCUCCUUCUAUAUACUAAGAUUAAACUCAAUCUAUAAAAAUGAAAAAUUUGUUCCUUGUGGUAUUGAUAUAGUAAGAAGUAGAGCCAGAACUACCGGAAUAAUAGAAGAAGAAAUAAUCAUUCAUGAUAAUAAAAUUAAAAUUAUAGAUGUUGGUGGUCAAAGAAAUGAAAGAAGAAAAUGAUUACAUGCUUUCUCAGAUGUAACAAGUAUAGUAUAUGUAACCUCACUCUCAGAAUAUGAUCAAACUUUAUUCGAAGAUGAAAAUACUAAUAGAAUGCAAGAAUCUCUCUCAUUAUUUGAACAAAUAUGUAAAUCAGAAUAUUUCUUAAAUCUUAAUAUGAUAUUAUUUUUUAAUAAAAUAGAUAUUUUCAAAGAUAAAAUUCAUAAAAUUCCUUUAACUCAUUGUUUUCCUAAUUAUGAAGGUAAAUCUGAAUCAGAUGCUUUAACCUUUAUUCAAGAAAAUUUCACUAUUAAAAAUAAAAUAGAUAGAGAUAUUUAUGUACAUUAGACUUGUGCUACUGAUACUAAUAAUAUAUUGUUAGUAUUUAAUUCAUUAAGAGAUUAUAUUAUUAAAACAAGCUUAAAAGAAGGCGGAUUAUUAUAA